ACCCACUUUCUUGCCCUUUAAAACUUUGAAUGUUACUCACCAAAUUUUAGUUAGGAUCAUACAACAUGAUGAGUAUCCACUCAAAAAAAUUCUCAAUCUCAAGAACUUUGUACAAUCUCUUAUUGUUAAUGUCCCUUCUUUUUAUUACCCACACAUCAGCACUAUACAACACAAAAAACAAAGGCCACAGAAACAAAAGUGUUGCCAAAUCAGUUCCAAUUGUAGCAGCAACAUCUCCAAUUUCUCCACCUCUAGUGUUUGCAGAUCAAAGGCUUCAAUUAAUAUAUCCAGUGAUCCAAAAAUUCAAGUCCACCAUAACUUUAGAUCCCUUAGGAGUUACAAAAACUUGGGUAGGUUCAGAUAUUUGUAGGUACAAAGGUUUCUAUUGUGACACUCCACCAUACAAUAGUUCAGCCGUUGCCUUAGCCUCAAUUGAUUUCAACGGUUUUCAACUUGUUGCACCUACCCUUGAUGGAUUCAUAGAUCAAUUACCUGAUAUUGCUCUGUUCCAUGCAAAUACCAACAAUUUUAGUGGAACAAUCACACCCCAGAUUUCAAAAUUACCUUAUCUUUAUGAGCUUGAUCUUAGUAACAAUCAAUUAUCAGGUCCAUUUCCUCUGGCUGUUCUAGGAAUGGAAACGUUAACGUUUUUGGACAUUAGGUUCAAUUUGUUCUCUGGGGCAGUUCCACCACAGAUUUUCACACAGAAUCUUCAAGUUUUGUUCAUCAACAACAACAUAUUUAAUCAGAGUUUGCCUGAUAACUUAGGAUCCACUCAUAUUUUGUUGCUAACCUUAGCAAACAACAAGUUCAACGGUCCAAUUCCAACAAGUCUUCCAAAGGCUUUAGCCACACUCACUGAAGUGUUGCUAUUGAACAACCAGCUAACAGGUUGUUUGCCUUAUGAGAUUGGUUACCUUCAAGAGGCAACGGUUUUUGACGUUGGGAAUAACCAAUUGACAGGUCCGUUGCCAUUGUCAUUGAGUUGUCUUGAGAAGGUUGAGGUUCUGAAUUUUGGUGGGAAUUUGUUGUAUGGUAUGGUGCCUGAAGUUGUGUGCGCAAGUUUGAUGGGCAAUUUGGUAAAUUUCUCACUUUCAGAUAACUAUUUCAAUGCUGUGGGACCCAUUUGUAGGGUUUUGAUUGAGAGAGGAGUUCUUGAUGUUACAAAGAAUUGCAUUCCUGAUCUUCCAUUCCAGAGAUCAAUUCUUGAGUGUGCUCAAUUCUUUGCACAACCAAGGAUGUGUCCAUUGAUGUGGUAUCAUAGUUUCAUCCCUUGCAAGCUUCAUUUUCAUAACACUCCACUUUCUUCUAUACCCUAGUUAAUUAGUACUUAGAUUGCAUUUAAUUUCCAUUGCUUCAUCUAAAAUUGUUUGGUAAUGAGACUGUAUAGAAAAAGCAAAAUAUUAUUAAUCAAACGUGCAGGUAUUUUUACAUGAAGUUGAUACUUGAUAAUUAUUAAAUAAUAAUUUAAUCAAAUAUAUCAAAUUAUUUCAGGGUUAUCGACUAUCAACUAUAAAUGAAGAUAAUUUCUUUUUUUAUUUGGUGAUAUGCUUUAGAUAAGAUUUUUAUAUAAUUGGUGGAUUGACUUUUUUUAUUUACAUGAGUAAUUACAUUUAAAUUGAAAAAGAAAACAUUUAUUUCCUUCAAAUUUUGGUCCAUGUGCUGCAAGGCAUGCAUAUAAUGGGUUGCAAUUAUUUGUUUAAUUGCUUUGUUUUGUGUGUAAUGAUGUAUAAUUAUUCCAUCUAAUAAUUUAUCAUAUCAAUGUGUGGCAAGUCAUAAUUACUUCAAAGUCACAUACCUUUCAUAGUUUCAUAUGCCAUAAUCUUCUGCUUUUAUAUGAUUGUUAUUAUUGUUUU